UGCCUGCGGCCUCGCGUCCACUGCCUCCUUCCCCUGCGAGCCAGCGGUGCCCAGGAGGGGAGCAAAGGCGAAAGGUGGUUCUGAGGGAAGACUGCAGUUACAGAGCCACGGCCCUUUGGGGCCCCCGAGGGCCCCCGAGUCUCUUCCCCGUCCGCUGCGACGUUAGGUUCGCAGCUGGAAGUGGUGGGAGAAAUGGAGGAGUCUUUCUGGAGUAGAUGUGCGCGUGAAUACGGAAAGACAAGGGUUAAUUGUGUAGAGUAUAAAGAAUUUAAUGUUCCUGGGGAGUUCACAAAGGAUCGUUUUCACUUUUACUAAAGAAAAAGUUUUGAAUCUAUCAAGGAGCUCUUAAAGAAGUCCUUUGUGUGGGCUACAUACAUAGAUGUUUUCAUGAAGAGGAGUGAAAAGCCAGAAGGUUACAGGCAAAUGAGGCCUAAGACCUUUCCUGCCAGUAACUACACUGGCAGCAGUCGGCAGAUGUUGCAAGAAAUUCGGGAAUCUCUUAGGAAUUUAUCCAAACCAUCUGAUGCUGCAAAGGCUGAGCAUAACAUGAGCAAAAUGUUGACUGAAGAUCCUCGACAAGUUAGAAAUCCACCCAAAUUUGGGACAUAUCACAAGGCCUUGCAGGAAAUUCGAAACUCUCUGCUGCCAUUUGCCAAUGAAACCAGUGCUUCUUCCAGGAGUACUUCAGAAGUUAAUCCACAGAUGUUUCAAGACUUGCAAGCUGCUGGAUUUGAUGAGGAUAUGGUUAUACAAGCUCUUCAGAAAACUAAUAACAGAAGCAUAGAAGCAGCAAUUGAAUUCAUUAGUAAAAUGAGCUACCAAGAUCCUCGACGGGAGCAGAUGGCUGCAGCAGCUGCCAGACCUAUUAAUGCCAGCUUGAAACCGGGAAGUGUGCAACAACCCAUUAACCGCAAGCAAAGCUGGAAAGGUUCUAAGGAAUCCUUAGUUCCUCAGAGACAUGGCACAGCACUAGGAGACAGUGUGGUUUAUCGUUCUGAAAGUCCCAACUCACAGACGGAUGUAGGAAGACCUUUGUCUGGAUCUGGUUUAACAGCAUUUGCUCAAGCUCACCCUAGCAAUGGACAGAGAGUGAACCCCCCACCACCUCCUCAAGUAAGGAGUGUCACUCCACCACCACCUCCAAGAGGUACAACUCCACCUCCCCCUUCGUGGGAACCAAACUCUCAAACUAAGCGCUAUUCUGGGAACAUGGAAUACGUAAUCUCUCGAAUCUCUCCUGUUCCCCCUGGGGCCUGGCAGGAGGGCUAUCCUCCACCACCUCUUAACACUUCCUCCAUGAGUCCUCCUACUCAGGGGCAGAGAGCAGUUAGUUCUGUUCCUGUGGGCAGACAGCCAAUCAUCAUGCAGAGCUCUAACAAAUUUAACUUUCCCCCAGGGAGGCCUGGAAUUCAGAAUGGUAGUGGUCAGACUGAUUUUAUGAUCCACCAAAAUGUUGUCCCUGCCAGUGCUGUGAGUAGGCAGCCACCUCCUCCAUAUCCUCUGACCCCUACAAGUGGACAAAGCUCUUCUGCUUUACAAACAGGGGGGUCUGCUGCUCCUUCAUCAUAUACAAAUGGAAGUAUUCCUCAAUCUAUGCUGGUGCCAAACAGAAACAGUCAUAACAUGGAACUCUACAACAUUAAUGUACCUGGACUACAGACAACGUGGCCUCAGUCAUCUUCUGCUCCAACCCAGUCAUCCCCAAGCAGUGGGCAUGAGAUCCCUACCUGGCAACCUAACAUACCAGUGAGGUCAAAUUCUUUUAAUAACCCAUUAGGAAAUAGAGCAAGUCACUCUGCUAAUUCUCAGCCAUCAGCCACAACAGUCACUGCAAUUACACCAGCUCCUAUUCAACAGCCUGUGAAAAGCAUGCGUGUAUUAAAACCAGAAUUACAGACUGCUUUAGCACCUACCCACCCUUCUUGGAUACCACAACCAAUUCAGACUACUCAAACCAGUCCAUUUUCUGAGGGUUCCACUUCAAAUAUGACCGUUAUGGCACCUGUUGCUGAAGCUCCAAACUAUCAAGGUCCACCACCACCUUACCCAAAACAUCUGCUGCACCAGAACCCACCUGUUCCCCCAUAUGAAUCAAUCAAUAAGUCUAGCAAAGAGGAUCAGCCUAUCUUGCCCAAGGAAGAUGAGGGUGAAAAGAGUUAUGAAGGUGUUGAUAAUGGAGAUAAAGAAAAGAAACAGAUCACAACUUCACCUAUCACUGUUAGGAAAAACAAGAAAGAUGAAGAGCGAAGGGAAUCUCGGAUUCAAAGUUAUUCUCCUCAGGCAUUUAAAUUCUUUAUGGAGCAGCACGUAGAAAAUGUGCUCAAAUCCCAUCAGCAACGUCUACAUCGUAAAAAACAAUUAGAGAACGAAAUGAUGCGGGUUGGAUUAUCUCAAGAUGCCCAGGACCAAAUGAGAAAGAUGCUUUGCCAAAAAGAAUCUAAUUACAUCCGUCUUAAAAGGGCUAAAAUGGACAAGUCUAUGUUUGUGAAGAUUAAGACACUAGGAAUAGGAGCGUUUGGUGAAGUCUGUCUAGCAAGAAAAGUAGAUACUAAGGCUUUGUAUGCAACAAAAACUCUUCGAAAGAAAGAUGUUUUGCUUCGAAACCAAGUUGCUCAUGUUAAAGCUGAAAGAGAUAUUCUGGCUGAAGCUGACAAUGAGUGGGUCGUUCGUUUAUAUUAUUCAUUCCAAGAUAAGGACAAUUUAUAUUUUGUAAUGGACUACAUUCCUGGGGGUGACAUGAUGAGCCUAUUAAUUAGAAUGGGCAUCUUUCCAGAAAAUCUGGCGCGAUUCUAUAUAGCAGAACUUACCUGUGCAGUUGAAAGUGUUCAUAAAAUGGGUUUUAUUCAUAGAGAUAUUAAACCUGAUAACAUUUUGAUUGAUCGUGAUGGUCACAUUAAAUUGACUGACUUUGGCCUCUGCACUGGCUUCAGAUGGACACAUGAUUCUAAGUACUAUCAGAGCGGUGACCAUCCACGGCAAGAUAGCAUGGACUUCAGUAAUGAAUGGGGUGAUCCCUCAAACUGUCGAUGUGGAGAUAGACUAAAGCCACUGGAGCGGAGAGCUGCACGCCAGCACCAGCGAUGUCUAGCACAUUCUUUGGUUGGGACUCCCAAUUAUAUUGCACCUGAAGUAUUGCUACGAACAGGAUAUACACAGUUAUGUGAUUGGUGGAGUGUUGGUGUUAUUCUCUUUGAAAUGUUGGUGGGACAACCUCCUUUCUUGGCACAAACACCAUUAGAAACACAAAUGAAGGUCAUCAACUGGCAAACAUCUCUCCACAUUCCACCACAAGCCAAACUGAGUCCUGAAGCUUCAGAUCUUAUUAUUAAACUUUGCCGAGGACCAGAAGAUCGUUUAGGGAAGAACGGUGCUGAUGAAAUAAAGGCUCAUCCAUUUUUUAAGACAAUUGAUUUCUCCAGUGACCUGAGACAGCAGUCUGCUUCAUACAUUCCUAAAAUCACACACCCAACAGAUACAUCAAAUUUUGACCCUGUUGACCCUGAUAAGUUAUGGAGUGAUGAUAAUGAGGAGGAAAAUGUCAAUGAUACUCUGAAUGGAUGGUAUAAAAAUGGAAAACACCCUGAACAUGCCUUCUACGAAUUUACCUUUCGGAGGUUUUUUGAUGACAAUGGCUACCCGUAUAAUUAUCCAAAGCCUAUUGAAUAUGAAUACAUUAAUUCACAAGGCUCAGAGCAACAGUCAGAUGAAGAUGAUCAACACACAGGCUCAGAAAUCAAAAAUCGCGAUCUAGUGUAUGUCUAGCACACUAGGAAUUAAUUGUAAUGAGCAUUUGCAAAAAAACCUGAAAUGCAGGAAUUUUUGAGGUUUUGAGUAAAAUUAUGCAAAUACAGCAGAGCUUUCUAUGUAUGGUGCUCUGUUUACAAUAUUUUAUUUUCCUAAAUUAUGGGAAAUUCUUUUAAAAUUUUAAUUUAUUCCAGCCUUUAAUCAUUAAUUUAGAGAAAAAUUGUUAUAAGGAAAGUAAAUUAUGAACUGAAUAGUAUAGUCAGUUCUUGGUACUUAAAGUACUUAAAAUAAAAAAUAGUGCUUUGUUUAAAAGGAAAAGCCUGGUAUCUAUUUGUAUAUAUGCUAAAUAAUUUUAAAGAUAAGAGUUUUUGAAAUUUUUUUGAAAGACAGUUUUAGUUUUAUCUUGCUUUAACCAAAUAUGAAACAUACCCAAUAUUACAGAGCUCUUUUUUUCCCACCAUAACCUUGUUUCUGGUUUAAAGUAAGCUAGAGAUAUUAAGCCAUCAUGUUGGUAUGUGUUCCUAGGCUAAUGAUAAUCUGUAUAAUUUACAUCCUGAAAAAAAGAGACAGGGUUGAAACAAUGUUACUAUGUUCAUCAGAAGGAAAACUAACAGAGUUUAUCUUUUCUCCUUCUGUGAAGUAUUUAAUCUCACAUGUAUUUCUUCAUAAUUGUUGGCUUUAAAAGAAGCCAAAGCACUACUAGUUUUCUUUCCAUCUUGGUAUUAACACUGCUUCCGGUUUUAAAAGGGAACAAAGUUGCCAUAAGUCAAAAGUUUCAAAUACUAAAAGCUAAGAUCUUUUGUGUUUUUACUUUGAAAUUGAGAAGAAAAUUCCAUCAUCCUAGGCAAAGAAAUAGUUUUCAGUUUUAUACAAAACUAAAGAUUCUUUAUGACUAUUGAGUAGAAACAUUUUGUCUAUAUAGGGACCAGUUUUGAUAAUAUCGUCAAUGUUAUAGGUUUCCUCUUUCUGAACAGUGCUGUGUAUACAGAUUGUUAUUGGCAAAGGUUGAUUUGGCUAAUUGGCAAUAUUUUAUCUAAGGGCAGGUUAAUUGGUUAAAACUGAAUUAAUUAAAUCUUGUUUGAUUUGGUCAUUAGUAUUAGCAAAAGUUAAAGUGGUCUUAGUAGAAAAUUCACAUUGUCCUAACUUAUUUAAGGAUAAAACUAUGUUUUUCAAUGUGCCUAUUUAUAUAAUGCAUAGGUUCUAAGACUUGUGAUUUCAUACCAAAACAUGUGUAUCUUAUCUUUUAGAAAGAGAAAGCAAGCUGUAUUCUGGCAGUAGUACAGUUUGUAUUUUAUUUUCUUAAGCUCCAUUAAUGGAAUUGUUUCCAUUAAAAUUUAGUAUUUGUAGGUAGGAGACAUAAUUUUAGUGAUCUUAAACUCUUAGCUUUUCUCACAUAAAAGCUAACGGAAAACAUAUAACACCUAUGUAGUAAAAUUAAAGGAAAAAUGUCCUUGUUGAAUUGUGGGGUGGACACAGAAUAUUUAUUAGCUCACAUUUCCCACUCUCCUAUGGGUGACCCUCAGAGCUCAGUGUGCAAACCUGCCCUGUAAUUUGGUGGGUCUUUUGAGUCACUGGUUCUUUUGAGGAUUUGACAAAAGCUGUGGACACUUGUCCCAGAAAAUAACGUGUAUCAACACGUAAGGUGUAAAUGUUGCAUGCAGUUGCAGGGGAGUCUGGACCUGCUGAAACCCGUCCCAGGCUCUAGGUUAAGGACCUCUUCCUAUAAGUAAGUAUUUUGCUUUUAAUUUGCCAGUCAGGACUCAGACGAGCACAUCUUCUAUAAAUGCUGAUAGUUUGUGAUGGAAAAGAUCUGUAGCACAUGAUCAGAGGACCGUGAUGGAAAAGAUCUGUAGCACAUGAUCAGAGGACCGUGAUGGAAAAGAUCUAUAGCACAUGAUCAGAGGACCCUAGGAAUGCCUCCCUCUUUCUUGCUGGUACAACUCUCAGAUAUUUCAGAUGCCAUUUUGAAGACAUUGAAAUGUUUGGCUCAUGACAGGCUUGAUAAAGAAAUAUUUCAGGAGAAUUUCUUAUCAGAAUUGUAAGAAAAUGCACUAUAAUGAGAUGGCCAUCUUCAUUUCAUGGAACAUUUAAUUAGUCCUAUAAAAUUCUAUGCAAAACAACUUUUGAUAGUUCAAGAAUUUUUAGCUUGGUACUCAGAUCUGUAAGACAUCCCUCUUGCUGUUUGGGCUUUCUCAGUCAAAUUUAUUUAAAUUUUCAUUUAGUUGCUUCACUUCUGGACUUAAUGGUGCAAUACAGUAGAAAUCCAACUUUGUUACAUUUUACAAUGUAGGUAAAGCUAUGGUGCUGUCUUCUCUCUACCCGCAAUCUCCCCACCAAAUCGCCCCUAUUCCUCAAACGUAACAGAUGCUACAAAUUUUAUGUUCUUUUAAAAUUUCUGCUGACAGCAUAAGCUUUUUGUAUUUAUCUGAAGCAGGAUACAAGCCUUUGGUAUCUGCAGUUUUAAUACUUUAGCUAUCUUAUUCCCUACUACAUCCAGUUACUCCGCUGGUGCUUCCUGACAAAAGGAUGAGAACAACAUUAAAAAAAAAAAAAAUCUAGAUGUUCUUAAUUGAAAUGGAGUGAAAACACUGUUUCUACAUGUUUUCUUUUUAAAAUAAUUUCCCCACUCGUUAAAACAUUUGCUGUCUUUCUUACACCUACUCCCUUUAUGCAUAUCAAUAGUAUUUAUAAAAUGUGUCCUAUAAAAUUAUGUAAUUGUAGAUACUUAUGUAUUGUCCAGUGGCAUCUCAAGGCAGGACCUAAUGCUGUAUCUUUUCUACCUUAUUUGUAGUAGAAAUUAUAGAAUGUAUUGACUAAGAAGUCACUUUGAGACUGACUUUUUAAAAAAGUUAUUACCCUCUGCUGUUGCAAAGUGCAAAACUGUGAGUGGAUAUGUUUUUAUUCUGACUUAAUAUGUUAGAAAUUAGAGAAUACAGUGGGAGGAUUUUAGACAUUGCUGCUGCUGUUACCCAAGGUACUUUAGAAAUUUUUCUUUAAUAAACAAAAACCCUUUUGCUAUUUAAAGUGAAACAUUUAGCCUGUUCGUUUUAAUCUAAAGCAAAAAAUAAUUUGGGUCAACAUAUUGGUAUAUUUGUAAAAUGCCUUAAUAUAUCCCUUUGUGGAAGGCACUACAGUUUACUUUUGUAUUGUAUUGUGUAUAUAAGUAUUUUGUAUUAAAAUUGAAUCAAUGACAACACUACAGUUUUAUAAAAUAAUGCUUUGUUAGAAACAGGAUUGGAGCUCUGCAGUAUAACUAAAUUGUUUUGCAUACUUCUGGAUGUGACAGAUAUAAAUAAUCAGCCUGUGUUUUUAACAAACCUAUUUGUAUUUUCCCAAUCAUUUUCUCUAGUGUAACAUUUGCUGGGAUAAUAAAAAAGCAAAAUUCAAGUAUUUCAAUUA